UGUCAGUGUAGCCCCAGAAGUGCCACCUGUCAGAGUCCAUCAGUGCCUUGUGUUAGUGCUCAUCAGUGCCUCGUGCCAGUGCCCAUCAGUGCACAUCAAUGCCACAUAUCAGUGCCCAUCUGAGCUGCCUUUCAGUGUCACCCAUCAGUGCUAGUCAGUGCCACAUAUCAAUGCCGCCAAUCAGUGCCACCUAUCAGUGCCACCCAUCAGUGCCAUCUAUCAGUGUCCAUCAGUGCAGCCUAUCAGUGCCCACCACUGCAGCCUCAUUAGCGCACAUCAGUGAAGGAGAAAAAUGACUUAUUUACAAAAUUUUAUAA